AUGGGAUCAUCCAAGAAGAGAUUCAAGUUGUCAGAGUCCAAUCGAGGGUCAGGGUUGGCAACAGGCAAGCAGAGAUGGAGCAGGGUCAGCUCAGACAUCAACACUGUGUAUCACUCUGAUCUGCGGUGCAUCAUUGCAAGGGUUGGACAAAUUACUGAUAAAAACCAGACCAGCAUCACUCUGCAGUGGGAAAAAGAAGACUACAAUGUUCAUUUUAUCCUAAGCUUUGAAGGCACAGAGACAAACAUCAGUACAGUUGAUGGAGAUGAACCAGUUCAAAUAACGAUCCCAUCUCUCACUGCUGCAACGACGUACACAUUCACUUUAUUCUCUGUGUUCGAGAACUUACGAAGCAGUGGAAUCAGCAUCACAGCAGUAACAGAACAUUUUUAUCCAAUCUCUGGAACUGAAAGCUCUCGAUCCGAUGAUGGAAGUUCUCCACCGAUUCCCCUGCAAAGACCUUUUGUCUACUUUGGAAAGGAAUACAACACAAUUUAUGUCAACCACAAUGGACACUUGACUUUUAUUAAUUCAUUUAGCUCAUAUACACCUCAAAGAUUCCCUCUCAAUGGAUCCUUUGACCUAAUUGCCCCGUUUUGGACAGAUUUGGAUAACAGGCAAACUGGUGUGAUCCUCUACAACCAAUACACUAAUGGCAGUGUCCUCCAACAAGCUACACAAGACAUUAACAGCUACUUCCCAAACCUGAACUUCAAUGCUGCCUGGGUCUUUGUAGCAACAUGGUAUAAAGUGCCCUACUUUCCAAAUACAGGAACAGAAACAACUUUCCAAGCUGUGUUGAUCUCUGGGGGCCAGAAAUCCUUUGUGCUCAUGAACUACGGGGUGAUUGCCUCAACAUUCCAGAAUGUGCAGGCUGGCUAUGACACCAUCAACUCUGUUCACCAUUUUACCAUUCCUGGAUCUUUCUCAAGCUCUGCAACAGGCAGCAACUCUACUUUUAGUCUCAGCAGCAACGUCAAUGUAGCUGGUCGCUGGGCAUUCGAAGCAGACAGUGAACCAGAAAACCAAGUGAUUAAUGGUUAGUUACUAUAUUAGAAUUUUUGGAGUACAAGAAUUUUGGGACCAAAAAAAAAAAAAAA